CCUCCGGCUCUGCUUUUGUCCUUUCCCCGCCGGCCAGCGCAGCCACCCCCCCACACCGCCCCCCCCUCCAGGCACUGAGGCCGCAGCGGAGCCCCCCCCGCCCCCGGCCGCGGGGCGCCCGGCUCCUGCCCUUUUCUUUCCCACCCCGUCCCCGCCUGCCAAGGAAAGGCACAUGUUAAUACCACCCGGCGCGGUCAUUUUCUGCUACUGCUGCUGCGGGCUCCUCCGUCCGAGACAGAUGUUGCGAAACCAAGGCCUCCUCAAGUGCCGCUGCCGCAUGCUCUUCAAUGACCUGAAGGUCUUCCUGCUGCGGAGACCCCCCGCUCCGCCGCCGCCCUCCCCGCCGCCGCCUCUCCCCAUGCCCGGCGGCGCAGAGGCGGCGGCGGCGGGCGGCCCGGCGGGGGCCGCACCGCCCGGGGGGCGAGGGCCCGGCUGGCGGGCGGCGGCGGCGGCGGCGGCGGCGGGGGGCGGCGGAGCGGGCAGCCCGGGAGCCGAGGAGUGGGGCAGCCCCGCCGGGGAGCCGCCCGCCUCCCUGCCCAGCAGCACCUCCUCGGAUGACUUCGGCAAGGGCAAGGCCGAGGACCGCUACUCGCUGGGCAGCAGCGUCGACAGCGGCAUCCGCACCCCGCUCUGCAGGAUCUGCUUCCAGGGGCCCGAGCAGGGGGAGUUGCUGAGCCCGUGUCGAUGCGAUGGAUCGGUGAAGUGCACGCACCAGCCAUGUCUGAUCAAAUGGAUUAGCGAGAGAGGCUGCUGGAGCUGUGAGCUGUGUUACUACAAGUAUCACGUCAUUGCCAUAAGCACAAAGAACCCUCUGCAGGUAAAGUGGCAGGCCAUCUCUCUGACAGUCAUUGAGAAGGUCCAGAUAGCAGCGGCCAUCCUGGGCUCCCUCUUCCUCAUCGCCAGUAUCUCGUGGCUCAUCUGGUCGACCUUCAGUCCUUCAGCCAAGUGGCAGCGCCAGGACCUGCUCUUCCAGAUCUGCUAUGGAAUGUAUGGCUUCAUGGACAUUGUCUGUAUAGGUCUAAUAAUACACGAAGGGCCCUCGGUUUACCGGAUUUUUAAACGGUGGCAGGCGGUCAAUCAGCAGUGGAAAGUGCUGAACUAUGACAAAACAAAGGACAUGGAGGAACAAAAAACAGGGACCAGGACAAAUCAGCGCCCCUCCUCCCAAACCACCCACUCGUCCUCCACUGGUGGUACAGCCACUAACUCCGCUCCAGCCGACAGCGGGGCACGGGCUGCCGGCCAUGCCACAGGCACCCUCUCUGACCACCACUGUGCUUAUACCAUCCUGCAUAUACUCAGCCACCUGAGGCCUCACGAACAGAGGAGUCAGUCUAGUAGUAACAGAGAGCUCGUCAUGAGAGUCACGACGGUCUGAGCCGAGGAAUUCAGGAGGCCUUAACACGAAGCGGAGGAGACAAAGAACUCAUAAAGCAGAGGAGCAUGGUGUGCCUUUUUCUUUCUCUUUCCUUUUCUUUUUUUCUUUUUUUUUUUUUUUCCCCCCCCUCCUCUCCUUUUCUUUUUUCGGUAACUGCACAAGAUAUAAGAGGCGGCACCUGGCCAGCUGAGGAAAAAAGCAGGUGGAGGGAGAGCUGCACACUCAUGCUAAAGAGGUUAAUGUUUUCCAGCUAGUUUAAAAAAAAAAAAAAAGUAAAAAAAAAAAACCAACAACAACACAAAUCACAAAAAAAAAAAAAACAAAAAACAACAAAACAAGUGCAAUACAGACUACAAACUGAGUAGGCAGAGUUCUGGGGAAGCAGAGAAACAGACGGUUUAGCAUGUCUUACAAAUCCUAUUACCUGGAAUAGGUAAUGCUCUGUACACAGCCCCCCCUACACACACGCACGUGCACACAAACACACACACACAGUGUGAGAUUUAUAAAAACAAGGAAGGGAACGAAAUAUUUGGAGUCUUUUUAUUUUCCAGACUGUGAUUAACCAGGGCUAUGCGUUGUUUUGUUUCAUGAGUCACUCUGGAGCCUUGUUCGAUUUACCAUAGGAAACCUGAAGUGAAAUGGCUGGGGAUUUUUCGGUAUUGAUUUACAGAAAGAGAGAUUGAAUCAUCCCACCAAGAAAAUCUAACAAAACCCAGCCAUACCCAAAUUUCACCAAAAUUCCUGUUUUUUUCAUAAUGUUCUUGACAAGGGGUUUGUGAGGGUGGAACUGGGAGGGGGGAGGGCGCUCCAUGACCUUUAUUUGACGUAUAGGCAUUUUUGGCAAAUUUUGUACAAAUGCUCCGCAGGUGUUUCAAGCACAAGUACUGGUGUGAUUCAUGCCUUCAUGACCCCGAAUCCAGCAUCCAAAUCUUGCCACUCAUACACAUCAUUUUCCAUGCAGACAAUUCCAGGUUGAUUUCCUUCCAUUUUAGUCCGAUCGCAAGAAGCUGACCCAUCUCAGUGGGCUUCUGCUUCCUUGCUGAUUCAGACAUUCAUCCAUUAGAGAUGUACAUCUUUUUUUUUUUUUUUUUGGUGUCUGUAUCCCUGCUGCUUGAUUUGCAACAGUCUCGCUCAGUCUUGUAGGCUGAGCCUUUCACAUCCAGUCUAUUAGUUUAUUACAGAGUCUAUUCCAUUCAAUCAUUCAAGAGAGAGUUAGUCUGAAGAGGGAGCACAGCUGCUGAUCGAAUAUGUAAUACUUCUAAUAAGUCUCCUUCUCUGGGAUAUAUCCUUGAAGGUACCGGUUGCUCUUCAGGAACAUUCUCUUUCAAUGCACAAUGGCUGAAUCAUUUGUGGAUAUUAAAGGGACACUGUCAAGUACUUUUUAAAUAGUUUUUAGGGUUUGGGCUUUUUUUACUCUCCAUUGUUUGUAAUAUUCUCUUACAAGCUUGAAAAUAAAAUUUCUUUCCCUACUGAUUUUGUCCUUUUCCAUUUGGGCACGUAUCGUUCUCUCCACUCCCCCCAUUCCUUUCACCAUCCCCGUCCUUCUCCUCCCCACCUUUCUUCUGCGACAGGAGGAAAUCCAUGUGUCUGAUUUCCUGCUGACUGUCCUCGCUCUACGGAGGGUAUGUCCCAGCUCUACGGGGUUGAGCUGUUUUGCCAGUGCAACUGCCACAAAGGGAGUGCAAGAGCAGGAACCCUAAAAAUACGGAGAUUAGCUAAUUGAGGAGCAACAGCUCAGCAAUCCCCCAAAAAAUGAGCCUAUAAUGAUCAAGCCUGAACCCAGCUCUCCCUAAAAUUAAGACAAGGACUUCAGCCAAACUGCAUCCAUUUAGGAGCAGCAGCGAGCAACGUUGCACAGUGGCUGUGUCCAACUGCCCUCCAUCAUCAUACCAGCACCUCUUGCAGCUUCUAUUAGAGCCAGGGCAAACGCGAGCCACCAGCUCCUUUGGCAGCUAGGCCGACAUGGGUCAGGUGUUUCUGAACUGGAGGUGGUGUCAAACUUCAGCCUCCAGGUUUGAACGCACCAGCCAUUCUGCAACGUUGAAGACAGAGGUUAGCAUCUUAAGGCAGGUCGUAUUUUUCACCUCAAUUACUUGACAGUGUCCCUUUGAAUAUCAGAAUGCAACAGAACAGGUACUUCUCUGGCAGAGAAUGUGGGAGGUGAAACACUGGCCAAGAAACCUGACUUACUGAGGACCCAUGUGAAACAGCAUGGUUUCUGAGGCCACUGUACCUUUAUCUGACCAAUCUUACUAUCUACCAAAGAGUGCUUUUGGCAGAGGGGAGGGGAGGGAUGUUGGUGGGCAGAGGGAGAGGGAAGGGGUAAUUCUGGUCAUCUCUAAAAACAGCUGCCCCCAGAAUGAAGGUGUUGCAACGAACGGUCUCUGGAAGAACAUCUUCUGAUCCACAGUAGAGAGAAACCUGUCCAAAGCGAGCAAACACAGCAGCCUCUCACCCCCAUGCCUGUCCUGGAAGCUGUCCUCAUUCCAAGAGAUGAGUAAUUAUGGUGGUUUUGGGAAGGGGGAAGCAUACACAGAUGAAGGGACAGCUGUCAGACAUGAUGUUGUUUCCCACCCUGCCCUCCACUCAUUAAAUAUGGACAAGUCAAAUUUCUUUAAUUUGGCUAACGGCUAAAAGUUUAUGAGGUCAGAAGCACAACUUGCCGUGAAAGAGUGGUGUGAUCUAGUACUCUGAGCACACAGGACUCUGCACAUACUCUCACUCCAGCUCUGCCACCGACUCUGUAGCCUUGGGCUGUUUGGCUCAGUCCCCCCUCCACGCAAAGGGGGAAUAACAAUACGUACCUACCUCACAGGGGUGUUGUGAGAAUCCACGUUGGUAAAGCCUGUUGAAGUGCUAAGUCUACCACCAGUAGUCACGAAGCGCGUGGUGGGGGUGAGCAGUGCUGCCCUUUUGCUGGUUACAGUCCGAAUCACUCAGCGGGAGUCCCAUCGGCCCUCUCCUGCUUGGAGAUCCUCCUUGAUCUGAAGCGGAGGGUGUCGUCCGAGUGCCCUCUCCUCCAUUGCAUGACAUUUUAAGCGGCUGUGAGGUGCAGGGUAGUGACAGACAUGAAGUCCUACUUGACCAGGGAUUUGCUACAACGUUUUCUAUAUCUGUGGGGUUUGUUGGUUUGGUUUUUCCAUAUAUUGUGCUUAGAAAUAAACUUUCCACUUAGGGCUGGCGGUUCGGGGUCUCUUCUGUUGCAUGGCAAUGUAUACAAGUCUUAUUGUCUGUCUUACUGUGCAAAUGAUCCCGCAGCCCAAUUUCAGAGAUGGGUAUGGUCUGAGCCUUUUCAUAGCGGCGUAAGACUCAAAAACCUGUCUAGACUGUUUAAUAUUUAAACAACACUAUGAACUUGUCAAUUGUAUGUGUUCUGUGCAAUACGAAGCAUGUCAUUAGCUGGCUUGAUGGGCAGAGGGGCUAAAGGAAGGUCAAAACUUGUUCAAAGAGCUUCAUUCACGUGCCAGCAUGGAGCCGAAGGGCUGCCACCAGCAAAGCAAACUCGGGGAAGCCAUUGGAAACUGUUUUCAUAACAGUUUACUUCAGAACAAGGUACUUCUGAGUUUAUGAACUUCUAGGCUGCCAGCUUGAGAGAACAAGUGCAAAUUUAAUGUGGGGUUGGGGGUUUUGGAUUCUCUUUUUCUUUCCUGCCCAAAGUAUUGAUGGCAGAAAUACUGAUGUGGGUCUCUUCCUUUCAUAGCACAGUUCUCUCAUCUCCCACAACCUCCUUGUGCCAUCCCCUUUGUGCUACUAUGCAGGACUUUAAAAGGUGCAAAUGGAGAUAGUAUGCUCCCGAGACAUGCAAAAUACGUUGUGUAUUGAGGGAUUCUAGCAGACAGAAGUGAUGGGGCAGAGCUGUGCUACACAAGGCAUCUCCUCUUCCCCACAUCUUUCCUCUAGUCUUCUCUGCUAGGUUCCUGAAGAGACGUUCUUUGCAUUUUGUUACAAAGCAGUCAGAUCAGCUUCCACCGACAAACAAAGCUUGCACAGUUUGGCAGCUCUUUUUCAGAGUGGACAAAAUUCCGUGUCCUAUCACUGUGGCGACCCCUCAGUUCUUGGGCUUUGUGGUCCUCCAACACCGUUUGGGGGUGGUCAGUGUGGAGGACUGUGCUCAGCCAUCGCCAGAAAUUGUGUGUGUGUGGUCCUGCUCAUUCUUGUGAUUUCCGCUGGUACCCUGAUUUUCUGUCAGUUUUGACAUGUCUUUCUGGUAAUGCUCUUCAGAGGUGUUUUGCUCUGUGUCAGUUGCCAACGCUAUUUUGCCUACUGAAACAUCAGUGCUGGCCUCCAGCUUCCACAGCUCUUCCGUUCUUGCCAUCCAGUCUCUUGGUAAAUACCCACUGCCAAGGUCAGAGCCUCUUCCUCUGUGCCUGCAAUGGCUCAAGCACAUGCACUAACCCAAGGGUCAUCAGAGAACACAGGGACCAUCAAGAGUCUGUAUCAGUACUCAGACUCCGUAACCAUCACUCAGUCCUCUGAUAUAUAUUCACUUUGCCAGUCUCGGUGCCUGCUGUUAAUUGGUUGCCACAAAAAAUCCCGUAAUUCUAGCAAAACCCAUAUACCCAGCUAACACUUGGUUUCCAAUUUCAAAUGUCAGAAGCGAUGGACUGCUUUUCAAGUAAAUCAGGUGUGUUCCCUGUUGUGGUUUCCCAAGCAAGGUGCUGAAGAGAUCCAUGUCUUACCUUACCAUGAUGGGUGACCCAAGGAAAGAAUAAGUCAGCAGCACAGAUUUGAGUCGAGAGAGGCAUUGCCUGUCCACUACAUUUUCACUCGAGGAGAUUCAGGAAAAUACUACUCGUGCCUGCCGGGUCCCUGACCCUUCUCAAAGCCUUGUAUCUGGCAGCAGUACAAUGUCAGAGCCAAUGCCUGUCAAGGGAUGACAAUUCUGAAGACUUUUCAGUUCUGAAGACCAUCCCCUGCCCAUGUGUGGUGGCCAGUCAUUCAAGCAUCUGCUCUUUGCUUUCCUCAAGAGAAAAAAGAUUAUUUUGACUAAGCAAAGUACUGCUACUCUUCAGUGCAGGAGAAGGCUGCACCAUUAGCACUUCCAACCUGUGGUUCAUCCACCAGGACUCCUGCACAUCUCCUUGUGAGAACGCAUGGCCAGAAGACCUAUUCCUUCCUCUUACUAUCAUAUGUCUGUCAAGUACUUGGAGGGAAAUAGUCAGCAGUGCAAUUGCCUUAGUGACUACUGGCUGAGUAUCCUAACCUCUCCUCCACUAUUCACCUCACCUGUGACUGCUCCUUCUCAUUCCUGAGCCAACAGAUGCCUCAUUGUCUCUGCCAUGCCUGGACUCCAGUCCCGAAGAUCUCCUGAGCAGACAGACACGGGAUUCCUCACAGACAAGUUUUAGAGUCUUCUACAUCCUACAUGUAUCCAGACAAAUUAAUUUCAUUGAUAGACAAUGACAUGUUUGAAUCCUGAGAGGAGAAACAAGUGUAGAAGCUUAUUGCAUUGACCUUCACCUUUUCUUCCAUGUUGAAGAAGAUAUAGUGAAAACAUCAAUUGGUUUCCAUAUGACAGCAAUGAGCUGAUAGCUGUAGGAGUAUUUCCUCAAUAAUGCAAGUCUGACAUGCUGCAGUUACUGAAGGCAGUCUUUGAUCUCACACCUAUCACAUUGGAUACAAGGAGAACAGAAUCUGACACUUCUGUGCUGUUUACACAAACAUCAAAAACUACCUUAGUUCAUUAUUCAAAUUACCUCCAGGUCAGUGGGUGAAUUUCUCUUUUGAUGAAAGAAUGAUGUUUUCUCUUCCAGAGCUGAAACUGCGAGAUAAAAUGGAUGUACACAUAUAUAUUUAUAAAUGCUAUCCUGAAAACAUAAAGAAAAAAACCCCUAACAAAUAAACCCGAAAGAAUACUUAACUGUAUUGAAUAAGUCUUGACAGGAGCUAGGGAGCUGCUGUGUGGAAAGUAUGACAUAUGAUUUGGCUUCAGGCAAAGAGAAGACAGAAGAGGGAAAUGCUUUUAUGUGACCUCUGUCCUGUCUCUGGUUCAUGCUCAUUAUUGUAUAGCAUUUAAUUAAUGUAAAAGUAUGUGGAAAAAAGACGCUCAGCCCCAGCAGCAGGAAACCGACUGAAGACCCGUCAAACUUAUCUGAGCCAUAUUCAAACAAGCACAAUGAUGCAAAAGCACAAACACCUGCCAUCACAACCGUUUGAGAAGAGAUGGAUUUCUGAACAGGGACAAGGACUCAGAGAUAAAUUCUUUCCCAAGACAAACUGACAGUAUUUUUCCUAGCUUAUUUACUUCCUAUUAUUAACCCUCUUUCUUUCAAAGAGAAGAGAAGAGACGAGAAGAGAAGAGAAGAGAAGAGACGAGAAGAGACGAGAGGAUUCUAAUACCUAUUUGAUUAAAGAAUCAAAUCACAGUAGAGAAUAGAUACGAAGAGAAGAUGCUUCUUUACCCGUUAUGUUAUGCACCAAGAUGUGCUUUACCAAACAGAAUUAGGACAUCCCAUUCAGUUCCCUGCUUGCUCAAAGAAAGUCUGAGUGAUUGAGUCUGCUCAUAAUCAAGAAGCCUUCCUAGAGCAUAGUCUUCUACAGGGGACCACAGCUUCCCUCUGGAUGGGAUAGCUAGGAUCAGGCAGAGAUGUUUUGCCUCCACCUGUGCCCCUCUAUGGUGCAACAGGAUGACAACCUGUUGUUAAGUGGUUGUUAGCAAGUCAUUGUUGGGCAGUGGGAGCAUCUAUCAGCUUAUACAAGUUUUUAUAUCAAUAAUCACAAGAAUCGCACAUGACCAGCGUGGCCCUGCAAGUGACCUAUCUCAUCCUUUCACAGUUCAGGUUGGUGACAGAACUACUCUUCUCUUCCUUACAGCUUUCCUCUAAAAUCCAGCCUGCCACACUUCUCUGGGAUUUUUUUCACUGCACGUUAGAGGUUCAGUUUAGUCCUUUUUCCUAGAAGGAUGAACAGACCUCUACCUAAUCCACCUGAUCUGUUUCCCAGACAGAGAGACAAAAACUGAUGUUCUCUGAGCAGCUGAUCUCAGUACCUAUGUUCUUACGAGAUUAUAUUCCCCCUCCCCUUUCACUUACUACUCCAUAAUCUUUGCUUUCCUUUGGAAAGGGGUGAUUCAUUGCUACUAAAUGGUAGAGCAUCUCUCUGAGAUGGGAGUGUGGACAGCCCUUCUACUCCUUGCUAAUAGGCACACAAACCUUCCUCCUAUCCCUCUAGACUGGUGUGGCCAGCAGAACCCUUUUUCAUGGAGUUUAGCUUCUUGAUCCAGAAGAGCAAAUGCUUUCAAGCAUCUCCUUCACUGCUAUCAAGCUGUGGGAUAAUGGCAUGGGGAAUCUUUUGUUUCUUAGCCUCAGGGUAACUAGAGUGGAUGAUGUACCUGAGCCAAAAACAUGGUGAGAACAAAGCACUCGUAUUUUAAUGGUGGUAAAACUGGGUGAGGUCUGCCCUCAUGGCAGGGGAGCAAGAACCUUUGUCAGAUUUAGACAGUAGUAAAGUAAAAUGGCCUUGUCCCUCAUGUUUUUAGCUCAUACACAUCAUCUCUCCAUUACAAACAAACCCUCUGUAGGCAAUGCAGGCCAGGCUUGGGGAGGAAAUCUUCCUCAUUCCAGAAGCACAACCAGCCCAUAGCUAUGCAUCAACCCCUUCAGGACUUUUGCCCCAGAGAGGCUGAGAGUAAAAAGGGAGGUAGCUAGUGGGGAUGGCAAGAACAUUUCCCCGGAUCUUCAUCCCCAGUGGGCAGAGUCCCCAGUAGGCUAAUUCUGCAUCUCCUCAUGCAAGUUCCCUUUGAAAUCACUCCCAAGGACUAUGGUCUGAUCCUUCACUGCUAUAGGGUCUGCCCCGGGGAGGAAGCAGUGUCUCUGCAUGGAUCUCCAAGGUCUGUUGGUAGUGUCCUGAUUCAGGCCUGGAAGAAAUCAUGAUUUUCGUUGAGGGAUGUGAUGAUUCAACGGUGUGUCCAUGCAGAAAUACUCUCUUUGAGACUUCU